GUCCGUCGAAGAAGGUGCAACUCGCCGCGUCAUCUACAAAGCUUACAAUUCUCUGGUAAAAUCCAGGAUACCUUUACAACCGGCUUAUUUCCACAAAAAUAUGUGACCGAUUCGUCCCGUGACUUUCCAUCGCGUCAACUUUGGAAACAUGUCACCCGUGGGUUGACCCACAGACAGAACUUGAACUUGAGCAUGCCUCUGAGGUGACCCAAAUUCCGCGGUACGGUAAAGCGAAAAAACUUUUCGCACGAAUAGAUGCUAGACGGUGAUUAAAAACGGUUGUGCGGUUACUGUUUUCCGCGAGAACUAUAUUGACAAUCAGGAAAAAGUUCCCGGAUCUUGACCUUGAAGGGUCGGUUUCAUCCCGAGUGAACGGUUUAGGAUGAUCCACCUGUGACAAGAUGGCCAGUAAUUUUUGGACAUUUUUGUUGGUUGGAGUGCAAAUCGUCGUGCAAGCAACUGAAGGUUUAGAAGAUCCGUACAGGAACUCCUUCAUAUCCCCAAAUUCAGCUUCCGAUAGCCCUCCAGAUGACAUCGCCUCUGCAGAAUGGACCUCCAACCCGCCAAGCAAUACUGCAACGAAGGUCUCAUUUUCAUCGAUCGUCGAUGAAAAACAAGUGAAUAACGACGAAGAGAAGUCUGAGUCUGAUCCCAUGCUGUCCAGAACGGCAUAUAAGAACAUCGAGGAGGCUUUGGAUAGCAACGACGUGGAGCUUUCUGGUAGGAUGGAAGGCCAAAUACGACCAUCAAAAACGGAUAAAUUAUCAGCAGCAGCAGAUAACGCCAUUCCAACGACAGCGGUGUCGGGGGAAGCCCCGGGGGCUCCGCAGCCCAAGUCACUCCCCUUGCUGCCGGAGCCCCACAUCAGCCCUACUGCGACGACGACACCGGAUUUUGCUACCCGAUUGUCCCAUCCUCCACCCUUCCCAAUGGAUAGGGGCAGACAGGCAAACCCUGAUAUCCAAGAUAUCAUCACGGGAAUCGUGAAGCUGCUUAACGGCAAUGUUAACGUCCAAGCAAAUACGGCUCCAGCAAUGGGCAGACCUCUACGACCUUUAUCGACUAGAAUUAAUAAUAGAGGACCUCCUAGAAUAACCGAUAUGCCUGCCUUGCCUCCGGACUUUGAUGUUCCCGCACCAUUACCUCCUCCAGUAAUAGGUCAAAUGCCACCUCCAUUGUCAACUACACGUCUGCCUACACCUUAUCCGUUUGAUGUACCAAGUCACAGCAACAUGUCUCCAGUGAGGCCUUACGAUUCCAAACCUUCACAUAGCAGCAAGAGACCUGGCUUCUACAGGCCGGUGACAAUCCCACCCUGGAACCGCCGCAGACCCCCUAACAGACGUCCAUCCAUCCCCCAUCCCUACAAACCCCUGCCACCGAUGUCAUCAGAACACAUCAGUCUGACCUCAGAGCGACCUAACGAGGACGUCCUCACGCUUGACCUUGGUUCGCACUUGGCACCAAGCGGGGACGCGUUCAGCCAUGAACAAAUUGACGCUAACCAGGAGCAGGAGAUCCCUUUGGAUGAUAAGGAAGGAAAUCAUUCUGAGCAUGUACAACAGUCUGAGCAAUUAGGACAUUCAGAGGCUCCUGAGUUGAGCACGGAUGGAAUUUUGGAGAACUCCGAGGUUGAUAAGGAGACUGCUGAUUUUGAGAAGAAUAAAGAAAAGGUCACAAAUCCAGAUAAGCAUACUGUUAAAACAACACUGGUCACUCCAACCUUCAAUACUGCACCAAAGUCUGACGAAGUCUCUAUACUGGACAAGCCCACGACUACAUUACCAGAUAACUCCACAGACAAUUCCACCACUUCCGUUGUUUCAGAGGCCCAAGCACCAACACAAAAUCAAAGCUCUGUUUCGAUAGAACCAACAAGCGCUACUAAGGAAUUAGAGGCAACUCCUAUGGUCAACGUAUCUCUAAGCGAAUCUUCUAAUGAGACGAUCUCGGUUGAGACUACAACGCCAGUCUUGGAAUCUUCGAUGCUGGAAGUGUUGAGUACUUUGAAGGAAGAACUACUCAGUAAUGGUACUUCUACUUUGGUUGGCACUGAGACCGAGAAGCUUCCUGAUAUAAGCAGCACUACAGUCGAGAAUGUUUCAACAACCACUGGGGUUGCAACGUCAGCGUCUUCCAUCACCUCUACGGCUUCUUCCAGUCAGAAUUCAACCCACAACCAAUCAGCUCCUAUGAAUUUCCCUUACUUCCCGUAUAGACCAAGACCUGGCAUUGUUUUGGACGACACAGAGUAUAAGCCUGGAGGUAUCCACAGACAACCAAUUUUGACCAGGCCGCCUGUCGGACAAAUUGGAGAUAUAUUUGACAUCACGGUUUCUGCUAUCCAAGGUCCAGGAGGGGCUUCGUCAGGACAAGGCAAACCCUAUAUUAUACCAGUUGAUAUAGAGAGUGUGCAUAACCAGCCAGAUGUUAUAACAAGUUCAACAGGAAGCGAAGGAUUUGUUUCAAUUGACGGAAAGAGGACGUAUUUGAACCUCUUUGGUGACGGUGCACCAUCUACUACUCAUGGGGUUGUGAAACCAACAGCUCCUUUGCACAAUCAGGUUACUGGUACCGGAUAUGCAGUUGUGGAUGCAGAGAAGCCAACAAAGCAGAAUUUGGGUGGCGUGAAGCCAACUCAGCGACGACCAAUGUAUGGACGACCUACAAGACCUAGUCAACCGCCUGUGAGGAUUGACACUUGCAUAGUAGGCGACGACUCGACUUGCGACGCGAGCCAGCACGAGAUCUGCCGAACGGAGAGCGGCGUAAGCGCGUGUCAUUGCAGGCCUGGAACCGCGCGCAGGCGUCGCAGAGAUCCUUGCAGAAGGGUGGUUGCGGUUGCUGUACAGCUAAGGGUUGACAGGCUGUAUGACAGGAGAGUGGCUUGGGUGGAUGAACUGGCAGACCCGAGAAGUGAUAGCCAUCGGCAGCUCGCUUACGAAGCUGAAAGAGCGCUCGAGUCCGCCAUGUCCAUGACUCCGUUCAGCGACGAGUUCCUAGCUGCCAAAGUGACAGCCAUCUACCGCAGCACUGCCCCGCUGUCUAGCGGCGUAUUCGUGAACGCCACCCUGGAGUUGGACGAAACUGCGGACACAGCGCGUCCUGCAGUCCGAACGGACAUUCAGCGCCAUCUUCUGGGUGUGAUCCAGAGGAGGGGGAAUAAUGUUGGAGAGAGCGCUAUUUGGGUGGACGGGCCCGCUGGGGCUGUGUCUUCGUUGCAAGAUUUGGACGAAUGUUCCUCCCCAGAACUUCACGACUGCCACUCUCUAGCCAAGUGUAUCAACGUCUUCGGCGGCUUCAAAUGCGAAUGCGGAGAAGGGUACAGGGAUCCAUGGGCAGACAACAAGCACAGAGCUGGAAAGCAAUGUGAGCAAUGUUCACCUGCACAUUGCAAUAACAGAGGAGAGUGCAAAUAUCAGAACGGACAGGAAGUCUGCAUAUGCACUGGAAGUUACUAUGGAUCCCAAUGCGAAGUAGAUGGUGAAGUAUUGGGAGUAGCAAUAGGAGCCAGUGUUGCUGCAAUCAUCAUUAUUGGUCUCACUCUAGUCUGCUUGGUGAUGUGGAGUCGACGCUGGAGUAGAGAACACAAAGCAGCAGUCGGCAGCCCGGUAUUUGGCUACAUGGCAACGGCUAGCAAUACUGUAAAAACUCCUGUUGUUGGUGCACCUCCAUAUCAACUGACUUUGGAGGACAGACUGAGAUGGGCACAAAUUGCUGAUGUCAUGGCACAAGCCAAUCAUUAUGCUCCUGAACCUGGACUGACAGCACCAACUCGCCCAUCGUCAGCAUUAUUUGGGUACCCUAGUCUCCAAAUGACGGGUACUCUACAACAUCAUGGUACUCUACCGCCAGUGCCCCUUCCAAGACUGAAUAUACAAGCACAGCUGGCAAAUAGGGCGGCCAGUAUCCAUGGAAUGAAACCACUAGACAACUCCAGUUCCAGCGAGGAGGAAGACAAAGUUGAUCUCUUAGGAAGAAGCUUCCAAGUUCCGAGACCGAAAAGCAGGAGCAAUGCUUCAAUUGCAGUAAGUAACUAUUAGAACCAAAGCGGCAUCUACUACGACGUGGACUACGAUCAAAACGAAAUUUACAAGCAACCAGGAGGCAUACCCUUGAGCACGUACAGUAUGGGACGACAGCAGUAUUUUAGAAACUGAUUCUCGAAUGAUUCGUUGUACAUAUAAUUGUAAAAAGUUAUGCUACUUGGUUGCCCUGUUGCUCCUUUUGCAUCGUGCCUGUGAUGUUACGUCAAUCCUACGUCUUCAUGAUCGAUAUAAGAAUAACAAAAUAAGUAGAAGGAAUGACCCAUAUUGUGAGACAGCAAUUCACAUGAACAGUGGAAGAAAAAUACAUACUCGUUAAAAUAAUAGUAUUUGGUUAGAAUUAGUCGUUUAUAGUUAUUAAGAGCAUUUUUGUAUGUAUCAUUGCAUCAUAAAAGGUACAUCCUACAUAUGUUCUGGAAGUUAUCUAAUAAAAAAUAGGAUACACGGCUACGUCUGAUUCUUUGCUCAGCAGUUUGCUAUAUUCGGAUACAGAUAGUUGCACACUAUGAACAUUUUAAUAACUACUUGGUCACCAAGUCUUUCGGCAAGGGUUAUUUUAAAGCUAUAUACCACAUGUAUCUAAGAGUGUCCCCAAAGUAAAUGUCAUAGAAGUACUUGAUUGAUUCAUCAAAUUAAGGCUUGAAAAGUGCCUACAUGAAUUCGGUUUUUGAAGAACUUGUACGACGUACUAUGACUGUUGCAAUGAUUUUUUGUUUCACGGUUAAGACUUUGUUAAUUUAUUAUUAUAAUUAUUCUUGUAAAUAAAACACUCUGUUUGGU